CCCCGCGCCUGCCUGCAGCUCACCGAGCUGCAGCGGCGGUACGGCCCCCGCGGGCUGCAGGUCCUCGGCUUCCCCUGCAACCAGUUCGGGCACCAGGAAAAUACUACCAACGAGGAGAUCAUGCUCACGCUGGAGCACGUUCGUCCUGGCAACGGGUACAAGCCCAAUUUCAUCAUGUUCGAGAAGUGCGACGUGAACGGCAAGAACGCGCACCCCCUCUUCACCUUCCUGAAAGAAGCGCUGCCCUUCCCGCACGACGACCCCUCCUCGCUGAUGACCAACCCGCAGUACAUCAUCUGGUCCCCCGUCUGCCGCAACGACAUCUCCUGGAACUUCGAGAAGUUCCUCAUCGGCCCCGACGGCGUGCCCUUCAAACGCUACAGCCGGCAUUUCGAAACCAUCAAGAUCCAGGAUGAUAUCGAAUCGCUUCUGCAGAAGGUUCCCAAGAAUGUUCUCGAUUAA